AUGAAUACACUUAGGGCAAUACGCAAGAGACUGACCCACAUACAUAUUCCACGAAGCAUAAAAAACAAUCCACUUGUAGUUAGCCCAGACUAUGCAGUUAGACAAUUAGGCAACACACAAGAAAAAAUCAAUGGAGAUGAGAUAUAUAUGUAUGUUCUACCUAAAGUAUUUGAAGGUGUAUGCCAAAAUAUUGAAAUGAAAGAUGCCAAGAUAUCCAUGGAAAUGAAUAAAAAAGCAAUGUUUGAAGAAGUAGACAAGUACUUUGGCCAAUUUAACAGCCAACCAUUGCAUAUAUCUGAAGAGGAGUUAACUUCUAUAGUACAAAAAAUAUUGAUUAAAAACAUAAAAUAUAAAGUAGAUGGAGUAACUGAUACAACAUGUAAUAAUCACAUGAAAGAAAUGGGAUCUCUAAUUACAGAGAACCGUAUAGUGUUUAAUAGCACUACAAAUAUACGCCUUCUCUUCCGUGAUGAUAAAUAUAAAAUGGCACACCCAGUACAAGCAUAUAUAGACCUAAGUAAGGAAUUAAUAUCCGAUGAAAUUUUAGAACAAGAAAUAAAGUUCGGACUAGAAAAGCUUACUAAGUGGUAUAAAUAUAUACUUCUACACAAGGGCAUUAAUCCACAUAACUAUCUCACAUACACAGCACAAGUAAUGAAUGAGAAUCUGUUCAAUAGUUUUAUACUAAGCGAAACACUAGAUGGCAUUCUUACAAACUUUACAGCUAAUAUGAAAAUGGGCACGGAAGGAGAGCCAAAGAAAAUUGACUUAUUUUCCGAUAGAUUAGAUGGUAUGACUCAUCUUGACUAUGCACUUGCUCUAUUGAUGAAAUACCGCUGGGAAAUAGCUGAUUAUUAUGAUGAAAAUGGAGGAAAGAAGAAAGAGUUUAUCCUUUCAGAGUAUGAAGAGCAAUUGCUACAGCAGUUAUACACAGAUAGAAAAACUGUUCGUGAUGCGCUUCAGUCUAUAAAAGAAAUAACAGAAGACUGCGAAAAGUACAUUCCUAGUGCUAUGCUUGGAUCAUAUUUACAAACUACCUAUGACGAGGAGCUAAAUGUUAUAGAUCCAUCUUCCAUUACAUACGAAAAUGAGAAAAUUCAUGACAGCUUGGAUAAAGCCAUGAAAAAAUAUGAAAAUUCACAUUUUAAAGUCAAUAGAUAUAUUUUAGAUCGAGUAGACCUCUACAAAAGUCUUAUAGCUGAUCAUAUAAACUCAAACAAUGAGACAAAGGGAAGUAACCAACUACAGAAUUUAAUUCAAAGUGCCUAUAUGAAAAAAAAGCUUAUGAGGCCUACGGCAAUACUGGCUAUAAUUUUCCCGGGUGCUAUUAUAACAUCUGUUUAUCGAAGUAUAUCUCUAGGAUCUCUUGCAAUAUCAGAUUCUUGUAAUGGCCGUGUUAUGGAUAAUGCUAGCAGCAUUGGCCACCAAAGUGAACAAAGAUAUCGCUCUAACAGCCAUUAA